CUGAAGUUGUUUGUCAGAACGAAGCUGGCUCGUCCCCACUGUAGGAAAGCUGAUUUUCAUGGUCUUCUGGGAUGUACAGUGAACUGCACCUAUUUAUAUGCACUCUUCGGGGCUGGGGUGCCGCUCGUGCCAGGGUACAAGCUUCCCCAGCAUGGGGGCCCCGCUUCCAUCGCUGCUCCCAACCCGAAAGGAACCAGAAAAGCUGGCAGGACAGCAGGGUGCUGUGCGCCCCGCUGCUGCAGGACCCCCCUGUGAGCCCAGCAGAACCCCAGAAGCAGCAGCCAAGCCUCUGCGCCUGCAGCCCCACCCAGGUGCUGCCCGCCCUUCCCUGGGGCCUCUCCUCUCCUCAAGCACUGAGCCCCCCCACGGGGGUACCGGUCGGCCCCUGCUCAGGUUCGAGGUGGAGGAGAACUUCCCGGAACACCCCGCUCGGAGUUGUACGUCAGGCUCUGGGCAACCAGCGGGCUGAGCCAAGGGAAACCGUGGGAAGAUCGCUGCAGCGGAAAGACCGCACCGCAAGAGCCCGGUGGCUACGAACCCGAGGACUGGGGAGCGGAGGGCUGAAAGGGGCUCGCUGGGUCCCCAUGGACGAUGGCUGGCGUCUUUACUGUGCAUCCUGUCAAAUGCUUCCGCGCGUGGUUUUCAGAUCGUUGUCCAACGCUCCAAAAGUACACCCGCGAUUUCCAUGUGGAGAAACCGACAUUUGGAAAGCGUGAUGUCCCUGGAAUCAGAGAGCUGGUGGAGGCAGAGAAACCCUUGACAGUCUCCAGGUGCAAGGCCCAGUUGUAAUCCAAGAAGAACUGGACGCAGAGCUGCAGGCUCCCUGGCUUUGCUCUGGCCUCACGCUU